AUGAGUUACAGAGGCAGAGGAAGAGGAGGUUAUGGACGAAAUCAGUUCAACGGAGGUAAUAACUACUCGAGCCACCAAUCCUUUGCAGCACAACCCUCUUUUACUGUCGAAAUAAGAAACUGGAACAACGCGUCCAAAGAUGACCUUGUUUCUUUCAUCGCAAGGAAAACCAGGAUAAAGUUGCAAAAUGUCAUUGUGGAUCACACUGGAACGAUACAGGCUACGGUAAAUACCCAGAAGGACGCCACUGAUUUGGUUAAUUGGAACGGUGUCAAAUUUGCCGGCCAGAGUCUAAAAAUCACAGCUAACACUAGCACUAACGGAAAUGGUAACGCUGGUUCACCAGAUACUGCCCGUACUAUCCAAUUGUUGAAACAGUUUCUGUUGAGUCGUUAUAAUGCCGAAAUUCGCUUUUUGGACCUGACGAAUAUGGUCAACGACCCAACUUUAGUCUCCCAGGGUUUAUUCUCAUCAGCUUCUACUUCUUCCAAGAUGUUCCCUGCCUUAAUGAAAUUAGCAUCGCAAGAAAACUUGCAAGUUGAUACUAUUAGCAUGGCCAAUAACAACAUCAACGAUUCAAAUACUUAUCUAUCCAUAUUAGGCAGUACUUUUCCACGUGUGAAGAAUUUGUCCCUGCAGGAUAAUAACAUUCAGAAGGUUCGUUUCUUUGAAAAUUGCAGACACAAAUUCACUCGUUUAAGAGAACUGGUGAUAAUGAAUAACCCUCUCACAACUCAAUCGAUGGACCGUAACUACAGAUCGGAGGUAAUCAGACAUUUUCCGCGUUUAAUCAUGUUGGAUGGUGAAUAUGUUAGAGAUGAAAAUAAAGUGUCCACAAUUUUCAAAUUUCCAGCUCCUACCGUAUCCAUGUUUUUUGAGAAUGAGACCACACAAGGCGUAGCAACAAACUUUUUAACUAAUUACUUAAAGUUAUGGGAUUCUGCAAGAGACCAACUACUUCAAUUAUACGCACCGGAGUCUCAAUUCUCCUUCCAAAUCGACACUGCACAUCCUUCUCCGGAUCCUACAGGCAAUUCAACUGUUCCUAGUGGCAACUCAUGGUCAUAUUAUCUUUCAAAUUCUCGUAAUUUGACAAGAAUUUCAAAUGAAAAAUCUAGAAUGUCACGAUUAGCAGUUGGUCAAGAACAAAUUUUGCGACUGUUCAACUGUCUUCCAAUGACAUCACACAAGCUUUUAGAAAAAAUAGAUCAGUUUGCUAUAGAAUCUUGGUCUUUUCCACAACUAAACGGUAUCAUUGUAUCACUACACGGGGAAUUUGAGGAAACGGCUGCACCUGUUCAACCAGUUCAAUCUGGUGUAAGAUCUCAUUAUAAAGGCCAAAGAUCUUCUCUGUCCAAGCGUUCAUUUGACCGUACUUUUGUGAUUGUCUUUGGUCCUAAUGGAGCAAUGAUAGUGGCAUCUGAUCUUCUGUUGAUAAGGCCACACAUUCCUACGAACGCCUGGGUAGUUACAAAAAGGAAUCAAGAAGCAGCUGUAGGAACUACUCCUUCAGCCGCUGGUUCCACAGAAAUAUCCAGAACGUCCACACCACUUACACAUCCAGCAGUUCACCCUGAAGUACCGAAUACACAGCCACAACCCACCUCCCAGCUGCUUAAUACUAAUCUUACACCUCAGCAGCAAGAACUGGCCCACAAAGUUUUAAUGGAGACCAAACUCAAUCCCGAGUUUACGUUGAUGCUUUGCGAGCAAAGCCAUUGGAACUAUGAAGCUGCUAUUCAAGCCUUCAGGAGCUCUCAUCAACAGGGACAGAUUCCUCCGCAUGCAUUUACCUAA